AUGCCCGGAAAGCCCGUCUCCUAUGCCGCCAACGCAAAAGGAAAUGCGACAACUAGUACCCAUACUCUAUGUGCUCUACCUAUCGCUAUCAAUAUUAAUAUAUCUCGGAUGGUGAACCCGCAGCAGCACCCGAUCAAGAGGCGGUAUCAAGGUAUACAUUCAGUAACUGCGUUUCCGCGAAUUACAGGUCUGUACUUACAAAGUCCCAACCCUUUAAGAGUCCACUUGUUUGCAUAUAACUGCGGGAUCCGGCCAGAAGAAGGGAGCUUUCAUGCGGACUUGCGAAAUUUGAUCUCGAAAGGGGGCGUUACGCGGUAUGCGGACACGUAUUUCCAGACUGUGCACUCUCUUUUCGUCGCGGUGGAUCAGGCAGAGUUCCUGGCGAGCGCUAAGAACUUCUGGGAGCAGGCCGGGGCUGCAUCAGUAUUUGAAGCUAUCAUGGCAGAUAUUGCUGCUCUUGGUUCCUUUUUCUCUGCUACACUGAGCCCCCCAAAGCAGGCGGAAUUGGUGCAGCAUGCGAAAGGGAUUCUCGAAGACCCGACCUUUCAGCCGACCAUCGAUCAUGUCUCGGCCCGGAGUCUGAGGAGCUUACAUCUUCGGCCCACGAUACGGCCUCAUGUCGCCUGGCUGGUGAGCUGCCUGAAGCCAAAGUUCUCGAGGCCCAGCAGUCUGCGAGUUAGCGAGGAAAACUUUUGGACGACAUGGCGGAAUAAGACGAUGCUAUCAUAUAAAUAUAGUCUUUCAGGCGUCUUCAUUUCGAACAUUACUUGCAAGGUGCCACGAUACGGUGUUAGUGAUCCUGGAGUGGAUCUGCACGCCAUCAGCGAGCUCGCACCGAGGGAUCUCGCAGAUAUCCAGAUCUGCAUGGCCGACGUGCCCAGCUUGGUUGAAAUCGGAAAUACCGCAAUUCCAGCUGCUCUGAAACUGGCCGAGGAAAGCAAGUCCUGGUGGAGUGUUCUAUUCUAUCGAAUGUUGCAAGCGCUUUGGCAAUUCUUGGAAAUAUUACAAGAACGCUUGGCACUUAAUAUGGCGCGAGAGGCUGUGAAUACAGCGAAGUUCUUGCUGAGGAACUCGAUAAAAAAGAAGAGGGCUGAGGUAGAAAUGCCUGAGAAAGUCGAUAUGGGGUCUGGCAACCUCGGGAACGAUGUGAUGACCGAUUUGGAAGGUAUUGAUAUAAACUAG